AUGCUAAAUCUUAGGAAAUAUCUCUACGGUCUUAUUCUUUCUACAUUAUUUGCUUACAAGUACACAUACAGUCAGAAUACAUCUACAUUUUGCACAGAUAUGUUUUUAGUACCGUUAACUUGUACACUUGUAUUCGCGAUUCAACUAACUAAAUUUUCUGAAGAAAACAUUACAGGAGGAUUUGUCGCAGGAUUGUUAUAUAGCGUUUCUUAUUGUAAAUUUAUUGAUGGAUGCAACAAAUUUAAUAUUGAAUUUAGUCUUCUUAUUAAUUGUGCAGGGUUAUACAUUGCUAGUCUGUUUAAAUUCUUAAUUUCUGAUAGAAAAUCCUUGUCUGCUUCACAUCUUUCUAUGUAUUUACUUUUUGUACUAAUAAUCUCAGUUUUUAUACUUAAGGAUAAAGAAUUUGACGGGAUAAAAAUUGUGUUGUCUGGUCAUAAUAAUUUCUUUAGUAUUGUAAGUUAUGUAUCUUAUACAGUAGUAGCAAAUAUUUUUACAAAUGAAAUGGGUAUAAAGAACUUCUUGGCGUUAUCUUCAUAUCCUCAGCUAGUUAUAUUUUUAGUAUGUGCUUGUUUUUUUAGAAUAAAUAGUAUAUACACAGAGCCACUAGUAGACAACAUUAUAUAUUAUAUUGUAUCCCUUUUAACUUAUAUAGGUACAGUGGCGUAUGUACAGAUGUAUGGUAUAAUAACUACAAAUACACUACACUUAAGUAAUUUACUUAUAUAUAUUUUAUUAAUUUAUUCCAAGAAAUUGAUUAAAAUAUUUUAA